CUGCGAUUUUGAUAACUAUCUUGAAGCCCGAGUUCACAUGACAAUGCUGCCAUCAUACAUCUAGAUGGUUCAAAGAUUUUUUCCAACGUUUUUGAAUAAGAAAUCAUCCUUUCAACUCCAACAAAAUCCCUCCCAUCAACGCCACAAUGAAACUUAACGAAAAUGAUGCAAUCAUCACCCCCCGCGUCCUCCUAGUCCCCUACUCCUCGCAUCACGUGCCCGCGUACCACGAAUGGAUGCAAGAUGAGGACCUACAAAAGCUCACUGCAUCUGAACCGCUUAGUCUGGCGGAAGAAUAUGAAAUGCAGCGUUCGUGGCGCGAGGACGCUGAUAAAUUGACGUUUAUCGUGUGUACGGCGCCGUCAGAUGGCUCUACAAACACACAUCCGGAUACAGCAGCGCAGAGAGCAGACAACACCGAGCAAAGGAGAAAAAGUACGACUACGCUUACACCUGGCCACCACGACGCGCCACAACACAUGAUCGGCGACGUCAAUCUCUUCCUCUACUCAGACGCCGACUCGGACUCCGACGAAGAAGACGCGUCAAAACAGGACCAGCAGCAGAAGAAACAGCUGCAUCAGCAUCCCAAACCCCUCAUCGGCGAACUCGAAAUCAUGAUCGCGCGGGCCGAUGCGCGGGGCAAAGGUCUCGCAUGCGAAACACUCCGCGCAUUUAUCUGGUACAUUACCACCUCUCUGUCUGCUAUUCUGGCCGAGUACGAUGCUUCUGCUUCUUCCUCCAGCGGCGGGGGUAUUGGGGAUCAGGUGCACGGGAGUGGGAGCCGGCUAAAGUAUCUACGUGUUAAGAUUGACAAGGAGAAUUUCCGCAGUAUCAGGUUGUUUGAGCGGGUGGGGUUUACGAGGACAAGCGAAGAGGCGAAUUACUUUGGGGAAGUGGAGUUGAGGGUGCCAGUUGUGGAGGGGAGGGUGGUGGAUGUGGAGAAGAAGAUUGGGGGAGACGGAGUAGUGGAGAAGGUAGGGUAUGGAGUAUGA